GGUACAACUAUGCGUCAGCGCCCCAGCGCCGUCGAGCAUAUCUGCAGUUUUGCUACGGUCAUGAUCGGACGGGUAGAUGCCCCGCAAGUGGAGGCUUUGCAAGCGUGUAAUCUUGGACGGUGACCAUGCUGUAUGGUCACUCAGAUCUCCCAGCCGACCUAGCUUGUCUUUGUGGUAUUCAAGGGCGCUCACAACAUCAUCGAACGACGAAGGGCGCUGAGGCGGGCGCUUCCUCAUGCUCAAUCACGGCGGCUACGAUAGAGACCUGGUCGACGAAGUUUCGCUCGGAGCAUACUUGAUCACUGAUGGGGCCAAUCGACGCUACGGUAACGUAACCGGAAAUGGGCACGACCACGCCACAACCCCGCGCAAGCCCACACGCAUUGGGCUUACCACAGCUACAGUCAUAACGCCAGGCGGGGCCAAGACUUCCGGAACGCCCGCCGAGGUCAAUAUCGUCACCGAGGCUGACACAAAGUCUGCUACUGAACCUGCUCCCGAGGCUGUCGCUGCCAUCCGCGAUGCCAAGGCGCACCUAGCAUCCAUCGCAAUCAGCGGCCGGCGAAUCGUUGCCAUGAUCGAAGCGAUGGAAAGCAGUGAAGUGUCCCCCGAGUCCGGAGAUUUCAGUGCUCACGACGUCACCUGGAACAUGGAGCCACCGAUUACGACUGCGCCAUUGGAUUCAAUCCCAUCCGGAAGGUCGCAGUUUUCCACGGCGCUCCCUCAUGGCGACGAGUCUGACAUCCUCGCCUGCACUCUGACCGAUUUCGUCCAGAUCACCAUCGCCAACUUCACCAGCACACAGAUCCGCGUUCACGAAGCCGAGAUCAGCGUCCCUUCCGAUCCUCAGCAGAACAGCUCCACCGUCAUCAAUUUCGCCAGGCUCCAGUGUAUCAACAACUCCGAGUUUUGCGGAGAGGGCCCCAAGGUGGAAGAGAACUGGCUCAACAUAUUGGCGUACAUGUGCGUUCUUCCUUACCCUCCGCCCAAGGAGAAAGGGCUCGCCUGA